UGUAAGGUGUGGCUGCUGUUCAUUGAUGCUCCACUCAAGAUUCCUGGCAUGGGGAGAAUUAUAAUAUGCAGCAACUUCCAGAAAGCUAGUCAGUGUUAUAACAACGUUGUUAUAAUUUACUUAUAACUUCUGAUGGGUAGCUAGAAGAGCACAGCAAAUUCCAGGAUUAACUUCAAGUCCUUCCCCAGCUACGUUGUGUCCAGCUGAUAUAACACAGGAGGAAGGAUACAAACCAGUAUGACAGCAGAGAGAUGACUGACCUGUCCAAGGGUCCCAAACUGCGUACAAGGGAAAGGCAUGAAGAAGAAUUUCCCCAGUUACUGAUGCUGCAAGAACAACAGCUUCAACAUAAACUGGAACAUCAAAAGCAAAUCUAUUUACAGCUCAUCGCCAAAGAGACUAACAGUAGUGGAGCCAUUGAAAAGCUGCAGUCAGAGCACAGAAACAGUCAGCAGCACAUCAAAGACUUAGAGGAAAGGCUAGAGGAAAUACAGGGACAACUUCUAACCAAGUUAAAAGCUCUAGAUGGUAUUCAGGAAAAAAAUGCUUCUCUGCAAGAAGAAAUCUCUUCCUUGAAAAACACACUUGGCUAUGUUAAAGGGACUGAGACAGCACCCUGUCAAUUGCCCUCUGCUCCACUCCAUACCUCAGACAGCAAAGCAAACAUCUCGGCCAAGCCUUCGGAAAAAGUACUGUAUUCACGCUUCAUGCAGUCUACUUCAACAGUUACUCUGCUGCAUGGAAAAUCAUCAUCAAGAACAGUCAGGUUUCCUGUAUCAUCAGUUCUGACAUUAAAUAAAAAUUUAGCUUGCAGCAGCACCAGUAUUUUACCAGAAAAACAACACCGCCCUUGCUCCAGCACUUCCAGCCUUGGGAGUGAUGCAUUUGGACAAGGUCAAGAUUACAUCAGAUCUUUAUUUGCUGAUACCCAGAAGACCACUCCAGAACUGGCAGAGACAGCAGGAAAGCCACAUGUCCCACCAGAAUACUACAACUCAUCAGCAUCCAGUGCUGUUGGAAACCUUAAAAUUGUUGAAAUUCAUCCACGUGGCCAUUAUGUAAAGAUACUUAACAGUUCUCCUGAUAAAGAAGAGGGCAUUGGAGAUCAUACACUCCAGCAGAACUUCAGUGGCCACCCAAUAGCGAUCUUCAAAUUCCCCCCAGCGAUCAGAAUGAAGGCUAAUUCUUUAGUAACAAUAUGGGCUGCAGAGUCUAAAAAACCUCAUAAACCUCCAACAGAAUAUCUCUGGAAGGACCUAGACAAGUUUCAACCAGGUCCAGAGUGCACCACCAUCCUUUGCAAUUCCACUGGGCAGGCCGUUGCUUGGUUCACUCCCAUCAAUUGGAGCAAAAAGCAAACAAAGGAGGAUCAAGAGGAUGGCCAAAACUACAGAAACUUAAUACAGCCUAUUAUAGGAGUACACCAGCAAAAAGACCGAUGGGAAGCUAGAACAUUUGAUAAGUGGCAGGGAACUAUCAGCCCAAACCUUAAUGAGACAAAUGAACCAGAAAUCAUUCUAAGAGAAGAAAAGAUACCACCCAUCCUGUACCCUGUUCAAAAUUCUUGGUGCCGAAAUCCAAGCAACCCCACCCAUCCCCAUUACUCUGUGGAAAGAUAUUUACCCAUGGGCAGCGAGGGGAACCGCUUGGGCAGCCAAACUAGAACACAACCGGUAAAACAUGGUCCAGAUACUGGUAUUCUCUGCACAGGAAGUAAUUGUGGCAUAACACCAGCAACAGGAGAUAGUAACCGGAAAAGCAGAGUAAGACCGACUCGGUCAGCAGGGCCUAAUUUAGGUGGAGUGAUUUAUGUAGGUUCGGCUGCACCCAUCGGCUCUGCUUUACAGAAGUAUUCUGCUCAUUCAUCUUACAACUGCCGGCUCCUGACCCAGGCAUCUCUUACUCCCAUUAACUUUCUCCAGCAUCUCACAGAGGAUCAAUGAAUAGAACUGGGUUAUUUUCAAAGCAGUCUGCAGCAAAAAUGGUUUUGUGAUUCAUUGCCCUGGGAAUAAGAUGGCUUGGAUCUUCAGGACCACUCUAGAAUUUAUAUUUGAUUUCUCUGUAGACCUCUAUAUAUUCGAAAGGUAGUUUUGCUAGCUCCUCUUAUUAGUAGAUUUUUCAGCGGCAUAUAUGACAAUAUAUGAGACUGGAACUCAAAACCUACUGACAUCCCAUUGACUUUUGUGGGACCCUAACAAUACUUUGGGUUUAAGGUUACAACCAUAUAACGUAAUUAAUUUUCAACUAUAGAAAACUGCAUGGGUAAUCUGGGCUGCAAUCUUGUACACAGCUUUGCUGCUUAAAUCCUAUUGAAGUCAAUGGUAUCAAACAGCCAGACAAUGUGUAGGAUUGCUGCCCUGAUCUUUAAGAGCCAACAUAACACGAACUCUCUCACAGUGAAUGGGAUGCCAUCCAUCUCUGUGAAAAUUUGUAUUUCAAAGCAAAUCUAUCACAUCUUAUUUCAGAAAAGUGUACAUGAAUUCUGUUUUGCAGCAAUGGUAGGGACUAUAUGGGAAGCCUUGCCUGAUGUUCCAGUUCCCAAAACUGAGGCUGUAGUACAGCCCAUGCAGCCUGUGAGUCCUCACCAAGCUGAAUGCAGCCCAUCAGUUCUAUACUACGUGGCCGGCCAGGUCCUUGAAAAUAUCCCCCCAAACCAGGAAGGUUUAUUGAGCUCCUUGCAGGCAUCACACAUCGCUGGUUAGCUAUUUUUGAAUUGGUGAGUCACAAUUUGUGAAGGCUUGUUUGUACUCCUUCCCCUGGCCUGGAGACAGACAGACAGACAUGUGCUUUCAGACCAUUGGAACCCCAACCCCGCACACACAAAACCUGUAGUUAGAAAAUAGUAGGACAAAGGCAUGCAACAUCAUGAACAAAGAUGGCUGGAUCAUACACAUUUGAGAUCUCAUAAAAAUGGUAAGGAAAACUGUCUUGCAUUCUUCAAGAGCCCAUGCAGAGUAAAACUCAGCUAUUAUUUAGAUCUACAGCCCAACUUUGCCUCACUCUGUCCUAGCAGUCAGGGAAGAUGAGGUAACACUAAGAUGUGGGCAGAAAGAGGAUCCUCUUUGUUCAAUCAAGUGCCUAUUUAACCUGUUCAGACAGUAUUUAAUUAUGUUUCCACAUUAUUUUUCCCUCCUGGGACUAGUUUUGCUACAUUGAUGAAAAGCCAAUUAAAGACAAAUAUAAGAUCUUCCUUCAACACCAAUAUGACAGUAAAUAGAAUCUUGGCUGUAGUAAAAGCCAAAAUUAAAUCAGGUAGUUUAGCUAAGUCUGUCCCAACCUAGUGCCCUGCAGUUGUUGUUGGGACUCCAGAAUCCAUGAGGCCUAGCUAGCAUGGCCAAUAGUCAGGGAUGAUGGGAGUUGUAGUCCAAAACACCUAGAGGGCACCGGUUGAAGAUGGCUGGUCUAGCUCCUACUAAAAAUGAGUCUUAUCCAGCUGUUUGGAAGUGCACAUAGUUUCUGAAACACUAGAUGCAUUCUUGAUCUCUCUGUUAAUACAAACAAGUGUGCCUCAGUCAUGAGAGGCAUACUGGCUUACACUGUACUCUCAACCUCCUGU